AUUCCACACGAUCUAAUUGUGAAUAGCCAUCAGAUGGGCGGGUUGUCAAAGCCAACCCUUCUAGGACUGAGCUUUUCACCCCAUUCUGGGGCACUUUUCACUUCAGAACAGUGAUAUCCACACCGUUUUUGGGAUUUAAUUCAAACUGCUUUGCAGGACGUCCAACCAAGAGAUAUCUUCUUGUCACUCCUGAGAAUCUCGCCCACAGCUGAUCGGACGGAACAAAAACACAGAGGGAUCCGCACAUCAGACUCGGGAUAUUUCAACCUCAGUCCAGAGGAAGGGGACCCAGUGAAGGUUGACAAGGAAUCAAAGCGCUAGUUCCAGAACACUUGACUCUCUCGUUGAUUAAAAAUCUGGCCUGUUCCCGAGGUUGCACUAUCACUGGCUCAUGCUGUUCAGGACUUGGUAGAGCUUGGACUGCGAGUGUUUUAAUCUGCCCUUUACGCCACAGCAUCAUGCUGUUUGUCCCACCUCUCUUGAUAACAGCCAUACUUUGGACAACAGCACUAAAUGGAGCUGCUAUAACUUGCUUUGCACACAUGAGUAAUCACACUUCCUCAAUCCACAACCUGGAGUGCAUGUUUUAUUAUUACCAACAAAUGACCUGUACCUGGGGUAUUAGGGCACAAGCACCAGCGGAUGCACAGUACUGUUUGUCUUAUGGGAUUUCAGAUGUACAAAAUACCCAGUCCAGAACGAUCUCUCGUAAGAAUGGUUGGAGAAAUGUAACCUGCCAUGUUCAGGACGUUGGCUUUAAUCUCUUCAAUGUGAUGCAGAUUUGUGUCACUGAAUUAGGCCAAAACUUCUCGAAACUUCACUGCAUAGAUUUGACACCAGUCAACUAUUAUAAGGUCAGUCCUCCAAUUAACAUUAGAGUCAAAGAAAAUGAAGUAAUAUGGGAUGAACCAGAAGGUAACCAUCCUUCCCACGGCUUUUAUUAUCAGAUACAAGUCACAAAAAGGAGUACCAACGUCAUGAAGAUUGAAAAUGUAACAUCCAAUAGCUGGAACAUUGAAAAUCGGAAGCAAAGCUACUCUGUAAAAGUGAGAGCAAGAAUUAAUAAUCACUUGGACUUUUCUAUCUGGAGUGAUUGGACUGAGGCUGUCAUUGCUGAGGCAGAACCGAACAAUUUCCAAAUGCUGAUAAUGAUUGCAGUUGUGUUUGCUUUCAUCAUUCUGAUGUCCCUGGUGAUAUUCACUUGCAGAAAGUCAUUGGACAAACUGUGGCAACCAAUCCCUGAUCCUGAAAUGAAGUUUAAAGGUCUAUUUGACUACCACCACGGCAAUUUUCAGGAAUGGAUCAAUGCCAAAUCCUUGGGAGCCAAAAUACCUGAGGAAUGCAUUACAGUUACAGUAGAAGAUGGGAUUUAUGCAUAGAAUCCCUACAGUGCAGAAGAAUUCACACCAACCCUCUGAACAGUAUCCCACCCAGACUUCAUAUUUACCAUGGCUAAUCCAUUUAGCCUGUACUUCACUGGAGACAACACCUAAUCUGCACAUCUUUGGACUAUGGGAGUAAACCCAGAAGAAACAAGGAGAAUGUGCAAACUCCACUCAGAUAGUCACCCAAGGCUGGAAUCGAACACAGGUCCCUGGUGCUGUGAGGCAGAAGUGCUAUCCACUGUGCCACCCUGGUUUGAAGUGAUCAAACAAUGUUAAAACAUGGAACAGUUAAUACCAAUCAGAAUACAGCAGCAGAAAACCUGUUCAAUAACAAGAUAAUCCAUUGACUGUAUUUUCUCUGAGUAGCAACUCAUAAGCUAAAAUGCUGCUUCUUUUUUUUUUGGAUGCAUGAACUUUCACUCUAAUCUAUGUCAGCUAUGUUCAGUGCUUUUGUGUCCUUUGCAGUCAUAGUCAUAGAGUCAUACAGCAUGGAAACAGACCCUUCAGUCUAACCAGGCCAUGAUGACCAUUAGCCCAAACUAAACCAGUUCCACCUGUCUGCACCUGGCCCAUAUCCCUCCAAACUUUUCCUAUUCAUGAACUUAUCCAAAUGUCUUUUAAACAUUGUAAUUGUACCCACAUCCACCACUUCCUCAGGAAGUUAAUUCCACACAUGGACCACCCUCUGUAUAAACAUUUUGCCCCUCAUGUCUUUUUAAAAUUUCUGUCCUCUCGCUUUACAAAUGUGGCAGCUAGUUUUGAAAUCCCCCAUCCAAGGGAAAAGACACCUGCCAUUAAUCCUGUCUGUACCCCUCAUUAUGGAGUGGGAAUGUGUUGACACACUAGGCCUGAAUAUAUACAUGUUUUUCCUAGCUCAGUAACACCAUCCUGAGUGAGACGAUUGUGUGUUUAAACUCCUCUACAAAAAUUGAACACAAGAACUAAAUCUCCACUGAGCGAUGAGAAAGAUUCUAUUGUGUUUUUAAAGAAGAGCAAGGCAGUUUCCACAAGGAGAGAAUUGUUAAUGCACUUUCAAUGGAAUGUAAGGAAGUAAUCAGUUGAAGAGUAUUCCUGUAUUUUUCUCCCUGAAAUAGGGUAUUGGUUUCAGAGUCAGAAAUUAAAAGGAUCCCUGAAAUAAUUGAAUUAAUAAUGAUCAUUAUAGCAGCUUCACUGGAGUGAAAGUUUACCUGACAGUCUAGGAUUUUGGUGACUGUGAGAAUUCAGUGAGAUGAGGGUAAAAGGCACUGCUUACUAAAUACACAUGAUAAAAACAGGUAGGAUUAAAUUGGUAUUUCAGGCUAAGCUACAGAAACAAUCUAAAGCAAGUAACAAAAUGUAAGGGCAUUACCCGAUAUUAAAAGCUAUAAAUAGUUGAUUCAGUUAUAUUUCAAAACUUUGUAAUUAAGUGUAAUUACUUAAGUAAGAAGAGGACUAACAAAGCAAGUGAAUUAUUGCAGUUAUAGUUCCUGGAAGCUAAUGGGUAUGUAGUCCACAACAAAUACAAUUGUAGUUAAAUACCAAUAGUUUGAGAAACUCUGAAUCUAAGUCGAGCUGAAGCCUGAGUUUUGAACUGAAAACAGCAAAUGCUGGCGAUCUCAGCAGGUCAGACAGCUUCCAGGGAGAGAGAGCAAGCUAACGUUUUGAGUCUGGAUGACUUCUAGACACGAAACGUUAGCUUGCUCUCUCUUUCUGGGUUCUGCCUGACCCACUGUGAUCUCGAGCACCUGUUGUUUUCAGUAUAGAUUCCAGCCUCUGAAAUAAUUUGCUCUAUCCUGCAUUUUGAACGCUGUAGUGUAUCAGGGAAAAUGAAAGUAAACUGCGAUGCUUUGCUACGUGAGCCAGUCACAGCACUUUGGAUAAAUAUUUCAGAUCUAGGCCCUGAUCAAAAACAGGAGUCUGUGUUGGGAAAAUAAAUGGGAGGUAUUUGAUUAUUAAAUAGCAGAUGGGUAACGAGGAAAUUGUAAAUGUAAUGUAUUUUGGUUUCCAAAAGGCAUCAGGGAAGGUGCUACAUAAACGUUUACUGCAGAAGAGAAGAACUUAUGGAUUGGGAGUGAUAUAUUAACAGAAAUGGAGGAUUGGCUGCUUCAUGGGAAACAGUAUGUCGAGGUAAAUGGGUGAUUUUGAGGUUGGAAAACCCCCUGGGGUGCCACAGUGAUCAAUGCCAGUCUGUCACCUACUUAAAACCAAUGAGAAAUAUAACUAAAUUGAAUUAAGGGACCAUGUGUAUUGAAGCUUAAUUUGCUGAUGAGGCAAAGAUAAGUCAGACAGCAAGUUGCGAAGAGGACCCCAUGAGGUAUACGUAGGUUGAUAAUAUAUGAGUGGGCAAACUUUUGCAGAUGUGCAAUGUGAGUAAAUAUAAAGAUAUUCAUUUCAACAGAAAGAGUAAAAAAGCAAGAUAACAUUUCAAUGAAGAGAGACAACAGAAUAUUGUCGUACAGAGGAGUCAAAAUGUCUUUGCAUUUGAAACAGAAAAUGUUACCAUACAGGUUCAAUGACUAAUAAACAGGGUAAAUGGAAUACUGCUAUAACUGUGAGUCAAAUCGAGUGUUAAAAUAGGGCAGUCUUGCUGAACUGUGCAAGGUAAUCUUGAAACCACACCCUGACGAUGGCUGCAAUUUUUGUCAACUAAUUUAAAGAGGGAACUAAACUUAUAUAUGGAGGUCUUAUGACACACUAAAUAAUAUUCCUGCCUUGGGCAAGAAACUCCAGGCUUAAGUCUCACUUCAGGAUUGAUGGCCAAGGAAGAUACACUCAGACUGGAACAACCAGUUGGGAAUCAAGCUACAAGUCCUACCAAUACAGGCCAACAGCAGGAGGUAGGGGCAGGUCAGCCUCCUAGUGGAAGAAAUGUUGGUGCCUCGACCAUCAUUAUCCAUCGAUAGCUGCAGGCUGCAAUUUGCCUGUUUCCUCAGGCAAAUAAUUAUCCCUCAACCAAAGCAUGAUUCAUUGCUCUCUAUGGGAUCUUGCUGUGUGAAGAUCACUGAAAGGUUUCCUGCAAUACAACAGUAACUGCAACCUUCUAAUUUCCUACACAGAGCUUGAAGAAAUUCUAAGAUUGUAAGACGGUCAUGUUUUUCUGUCAGAAACUGCACACAUGUAUGUUGCCAAUACACAUUUCUGGGGGCAGUCUUUCAUCAUCUUAAUAUCUGCUUGAACUUGCACAUUCCUUGUCUUUCUAAACCAGUUCAGAAGCUUUUAUCAGAAUCAUGAAGCACGCGCCAAUGUUAAACAUUAAAACAUGCAAAACAAUUGUGCUUUUGAGAUUGGGUAUAUUUGAACAUCUCAGGAGUAAAAGCUAAGUUAUGUCAGAAAUGCUCAUUAAUUUUCAUUGUAAUUAAUAAUAAAAGUGAUGAA